AUGAGUGAUUUAUUCAGUAAACAACUUAAAAAACAAACUGCACGAGCGAAAGAAAAGUUAUUAGAAGGACUUGGGAAAGCAAAAGCAACACAGGAUGAUGUAUUCGAUCAACACGCUGCAAAUUUAGUGAAGCAAAGUAAAGCAUGUGAGAGAUUACAUCGUGAUUUAAAAGCGUUUGGUGCAGCAUUGCGAACAAUGGUUCAAGCGCAGAAGACAUUUCGGGAGACAGUUCGAGAACUUUACGAGAUGGAUUGGCCGGACCGUGAACAUUUGUGUGCUAUUACACAGUCUUUGGAUCUUCAAUGGGAUGAAUUCGAGAAAGUUGUCAAUGAUCGAGUGAUGGGCUCGAUGAAUGCAUACAUGGCACAAUUUGCAGACUUAAAAGCUAAGGUAGCGAAACGAGGAAGGAAACUCGUUGAUUUUGAUGGUGCGCGGAAUAAUUAUGCAACUGUGAAAGCUGGUUCCAAAAAAGGCGAUGAUGAUCCAAAAGUGAUAAAAGCACUAGCAGAUCUUCAGCAAGCCGAAACCCUUUAUAAAGAAUUGAAUAGAGAACUCGUCGAUGCAUUACCCGCCACAUAUGAUAGCCGAAUAACAUUUUUUGUUGAUACACUUCAGACAAUUUUCAAUGCUGAAAGUACCAAUCAUACCGAAUGUGGUAAGAAUAACAAAACUCUUGUUACUCUACUGGAUAAUUUGGGAAACUCAUUCGAUUCUCUUCGUGUUCCGCGAAAUGCAUCGGAUCAUUGGGUAGCACCCAUUCAAACCGACGGACAGUCGAUUGAAUCGACUGGAACUGAAGAUCAAAUGCAAAAAUCCGAGGUGCCAAUAAAAGAACCUCAGCCAACAUCUCCACAUGUCUCCUCCGAGGCAUUUCUGAACAGAUCCGACGCUGAGUACGAUGAUGAAAAUAUAGAAAAAAAAGUGUAUCCGAGUUUGACUGGCGCACCACCCGCCGCAGCUGUUUUUUCCGAUACUGAGGAGCGAAAUGACAAAAAUGAGAAAUUAUCAGCUACUGGUGAUGGUCUUGGUGAAAAAGGUUCGAAAGCCUCGCUAAAUCCAUUUGAUGAUGAUGAUGAUACAAAAAAUCCGUUCAGUGAAACUAACGGGAAGAAACCACAUCCAGAGCCACGUUCACCACAGAAAAGUGGCACUUGUCAAGAAUCGGGUUCUGAUCGAAAGAUUUUGUACAAAGUUCGGGCAACACAUCGUUAUACGGCAGAAGACACCGAUGAACUUACGUUUGACGCGGGUGAGGUAAUAACAGUGCUAGAAGCCCGUGAAGAGGAUCUUCUAGAUGAAGGGUGGUUGUUUGGUGUAAAACAGUCUGAUGGAGUUCAUGGUGUAUUUCCUGCAAAUUUCACGAAAUCUUUAUGA